AUGUACAAAGGUUGGUACCCGUACUUCAAGGAUCCUACUAACCUGUGCUAUCUCCAGGCUUCCUCUUGUAAGUGCAAGUGCAAGCCGGGAUUGGCCCAGGGCUGGCAGGCGCCUCCGCCGGUGGGCAGACACCCAAGUUGUUGUCUUGUCUCUGGAUGGCGUUCUGUCAAUAACAAGCUUCGAACAAUCCCAGCGCCACGACCCCAUGCCAUGCCGUCCCCAGAGCCACUGCUGCGCCCGUGGAUUAGAGUUUGCGCCGCGAAACUGGGCUUCCAGAACAGGGCAACAGGAAGCACAACUUGUCCGUGCCGAAACGACGAUACGCAUGGAGAGGAUCCACCAACAAAUGCCUCAGAACGAUCGAAAACGCCCAGCCGUCGUCUGUCUUGCGUGCUUCAGCCCCGAUGGUCUGGCCACCCCCUCUUUCAGCUCUCCGUCUACCCUGUCCAGCAAACUGAUGACGGCAAUAAUGGCCUAAUGUUGUUAGCGGCGGCCGAUGGGAAGCUGACCCAAGCAUUUCUCAACAAUCCAGACCGAUGCCUCGCUCAACAAGAGGCGGGAAUAUUGAAUAGGCAGCAGAUGCAAGUCGAGAUCCUCUCCCGAGCCGAGUCACACCAGCGGCGCUUGCCAGGCUCGGCCAAUCUCGAAAUCUAUGCCAACGCUAAGACGCGCGCCGCUCUCUCACUGGCCCCAGGUGUUCACAAGGUGAUCACACAAACAUGGGGACCAAGCCAGGGCCAUGGCUGCAAGGGUGGCGGCCUUGCGUGGGCACCUCUUGCUCUGAGUGUGUGGUGCGGGAACGAUGCGAUCGCGCUGACCCCAGACAGGCCAAAAAGCCCUCCAAGGGCCAUCCUCACAGCCCGACCAACAACAUCGGAACUGCUGGUCCCCCGCAACGGGAGCCCCCAUGAUGGCUGGCAUUCCUUGGGACACCUGGUCCUUUCAGCACCUACCACAGCUUCUACCACCAUUGCCACCCUCCCUAGAAACAACAGCAUUCUGGGCGUGCAUCUCACAGAUACCCGCAACCCGGUAUCCGCCACGCUAUAA